GUGGCAAUGACGUAGCUAGGCUGUGCUACACUGGUUAGGCUACACUGUAUCGUUUGGCAGAAUAGAAUAGUUAUAUCUUUACUAAACGGAAUGGAAUAAGGGAUUUAUGUAAAUAGUAACGACGCUUGUGAUUGUUGAACAUCUUAAAAUAUAGAGUUAAAUAACGCAAUUCUUCUGUUUCUUUACACUGUAAUCAUUCAGGGAGUGAAAGAUUCCUCACGGACAACAGUCAUUUGGAAGCGGCCACCUUUGCCUCCCCUAACCACACGAUGAAUUAAUACCAGUCCUGCCAUCUGCAUCCCUGCAACGCUGAAAGGGAGAAAGUAACCCCUCUGCCCUUUCACAGUAGACCCCGGGCAGAGGAGUACUUGACUUUGCAAGUGUUUUUUGACGCUGGUGUGCGUGUGUUCAUGAGUGUGUUUGGGGCCCAGAAAAAGCGAGUAGGCUACACUCCACCUCUCUACUGCUGAGGAGAAGGCACUACCCUGUUGUAUUGGACCCGCUGUCCACCGCCACCACCAGCCAUUAUGGGGAGGAAAAAGAUUCAGAUCCAGAGGAUCACAGAUGAGAGGAACAAACAGGUGACGUUUACGAAGAGAAAGUUUGGUCUCAUGAAGAAGGCCUAUGAGCUGAGUGUGCUGUGUGACUGUGAGAUCGCCCUCAUCAUCUUCAACCACUCCAACAAGCUGUUCCAGUAUGCCAGCACCGACAUGGACAAAGUCUUGCUCAAAUACACAGAGUACAACGAGCCCCAUGAGAGCAGAACCAAUGCAGACAUCAUUGAGACAUUGCGAAAGAAAGGCUUCAAUGGUUGUGACAGCCCUGAGCCUGAUGGAGAGGACUCCACUGACCAAAGCCCCUUGAAUGAUGACAAAUACCGCAAAAACACAGAAGAUCUGGACAUCCUGUUCAAACGCUAUGGUCAGACAUCUGCCCAGCCCCCUACAUUUUCCAUGCCAGUCACAGUUCAGGCCACCAAUCAGAACACCGUGCAGUUCAGUAACCCCGGUAAUGCCCUGGUAACCACCUCUUACGUCACAUCCUCAUCUCUCUCCGAUCCCCACCUCUUGUCACCACAGCAACCAACUCUGCAGAGAAACACGGUGUCUCCUGGGUUGCCACAGCGACCGGCAAGUGCAGGAGCACUUCUCGGAGGCGACAACUCAAAUGGAGGAUGUCCAAGUCCAGUCCCUAAUGGAUACAUUAGUGCCAGGGCAUCUCCAGGCCUCCUAUCUGUUUCCAACGGCAACAGCCUGGGGAAAGUAGGUCCAGCCAAGUCUCCGCCCCCGCCGCCUAGCCCCCAGAUGGUCAACAGCCGCAAGCCAGACCUCCGGGUCAUCACCUCGCAGAGUGGAAAGAGUCUAAUGCAGAUGCAGAUGACAGAGGAUGAGCUGGAGUUGGUGAAUGAGAAUGCUCAGAGGCUGGCUGGUGCCCAAGUUGCACAAGCGCUCACCACGCCGGUGGUCUCCGUGGCAACACCCAGUCUGCUGGCACAGGGGCUGCCCUUCUCUGCCAUGCCGACAGCUUACAACACAGACUACCAAUUGACAAGCGCUGAUAUCACCGCUCUCCAUGCUCUUGCGUCACCUAGCGGCUUGCUACCAGGCAAUGUGUCCACAUGGCAACAACAACAGCAUCAGCAGUCUGUAUCGCAGCAACAACAGCAACUCAGUCUGGCUUCACUUAGCAACUUAGUCAUGUGGGGUAUGGACAAACAGAGCGGCGAGCUGUCUAGCCAGAUCUCCAGUCUAGCAGCCAAUUUGAGCGUGUCCUCGCCGUCCAACCUGCUCUUGGGUAGAGAUGAGUGGUUGGGACGGCCCGUGACCCAUAUACCUCAGAGCACCAUGCUAACUGUCAACACCAACUCCAAUGUGAGCAUCAAGUCUGAGCCUGUGUCACCUGGCAGAGAUCGUAACACCCAGUGUUCUGUUCCCUCCUCCACCUCUUCUUCGUCCGGAGGCGGGGUCUUGACGGCGACUGCCCCACCCCAGUACCCAGGCUCCCUGCUGUGCCUGGAGCCCCCUACUGGCCGCUCUCCCGCAGACAGCAUCAGCAGCAACGCCAGCUCUUACGAGGGGAGUGACCGUGAUGACCCGGCGGCAGGUGGCGGCAUCUCCACACAUGCCACGGGUAACGCAGGCCCAUCGGGUGGAGCCCUCCCCCCUGAGUUUAGCCCCUCAGCUGAGCUCCACAGGGCGCAGAGCGAGGCAGAGCAGGAGGGAGCAAAUGUCAAACGCAUAAGACUUGACACGUGGGUCACAUAAAAGCAGCAAUGCCAAACCGUCCUCAUCCCUGAAAGCACCAUUAACACUGACACCACACGUAUAAAUACAUAUAGACACGGACACUUCUCACACCCUCCCACUUAUCCCACCUCAUUGACACUGCCAUUUGUUCACUUCCACACAAGGUCUAGCCCCUCUCGGCCUCCAUCUAAACCUAUAAAUCCACCUACCCGGUCAGUCCCACAGGACUCAGAAGCUGAGCCAGAUAUGUGUGGGUUUUUUUUCGAACAAGGUAUCUCAUUGAAUAUGAAGAGGACACAAUCGGAAUGCCGUCUUUUAAAUGGUUGUUUAAUUUGAUGGUGUGGACAGGUGUAUUAAGAGUGCAUAUUAUCUCCCAAGGUUGAUUGCUCAUCGAUGUUAAGACCAGAUGAAAGUCUUCGCUUGUAGACCGCACAGUCAACAACUUUAUGUAUUAAAUUUGAGCUGCAUCUGCUGAUUGACAGUAUAAUCUGUGAUGAUCUGUGUUAAUCUGUGCUCGGAGUGGACUGGGUUGUAGACUGAGCUUCUCACAGGACUAACUGCCACGUUCACUCAACAGUUCUGCUCUAAAAAAAUUUUUUCAAUCAGCACUGUCUGUGAAAAGGCAGCUUUUGGGGUGACAGCAAGCAUGACUCGGCUCAGUUGAAAAGAGACCCAGGCGGGCUGCGAGGAUUUUGCGGUUAGGGCAGACAAACUGCGUGCACCAACAUCAACAUUCAAGCCCAGCCAAAGACUCAGGUAGCACUCCGUCGUCAACUAGCACUCUCAUCAAGGCCUAGAACAAGUAGAGACUCAUUGCCAGAGUGCCGACAUCAACCUCCUCUUGUACUAAAAUGCCAAAUGCCUCAUCACAUGCAAAAGGAGCAUUGUAGAAACAGAAUAUGCUCAAAAACGUGACAAAUUGACUUAUGCCAGGCUUUGAAUUGGCUUUCGGUGACGAUGCCUGAAGUCAUGUUUUUUUUUAUUUUUUUUUAAGGAAUUUGCCCCCAAUGAUAAUUGAAAUCAGAAAACGCAUAAUGGUUUUUACUCUUAGACAGUUGUUUAUGACAUAGGUUUCUCUGGUUAGGGAAGUGUUUGGUCUUUUAAGUGAUGCAUUAUAGAUUUGAAGGUUGAGACUGUUGAUGAUUGUUCAUAAGUAACAAUUCAAUUUUUUUUAUGAAACACCUAUCGUACAAAAGCUUUGAUGUUCUCUUAGCUCUGUUUAACACUUGGAUAUGUUUCAGAAGAGCCUCUACAGCAGAAUACAAGAACACACAGUAUUCUAGACAUUCUAUAUUUUCUACCGCCUCAGUCGGCAGCAAAGCAAUUGGUGAGGACGAUAAGUGUACAUAUGAAUAUAUUUGCAUAAACUUUGGUAGGUAUCCCUAAAACAAGCAAUGUGUUCAUUCUCAGUGGAUCUGUUUGCAUAUGAGUGUAAUUUGAUAUGUUCAAGCUACAAUGCAGGAGCCCUGCAGCACUAGGUGG